AUACAUAAGAUCCUGCAGAUUUCGGUGUUGGUGGUGGAGCUCCUGGACACGGGCUCCUCUGUGCUGGUCAGCCUGGAGGACGGCUGGGACAUCACCACGCAGGUGGUCUCCUUGGUGCAGCUGCUGUCAGACCCCUACUACCGGACGCUGGAGGGCUUCCGCUUGCUCGUGGAGAAGGAGUGGCUGUCCUUCGGGCACCGCUUCAGCCACCGCGGCGCCCAGACGCUGGCUGGCCAGAGCAGCGGGCUGUCCAGAGACAGCUUGCAGUUUGUGUGUCCCGGGAGGUCUCACCCGUGCGGCUCCUUGCAGAUCCACCUGCAGUUCCCCAUGGAGUUCGAGUUCAGGCAGUACUACCUGAAGUUCCUCAGCUACCACUACAUUUCCAACCGUUUCCGGACGUUCCUGCUGGACUCUGACUACGAACGCAUCGAGCUGGGCCUCCUUUACGAGGAGAAGGGUGAGCGGAAGAGCCAGCAGGUCUACAAAUCCAUCUGGGAUUACAUCGACCGGCUGAACAAGAAAGCUCCCAUCUUCUUCAACUACAUGUAUGCCCCUGAGGACGGGGAGGUGCUAAGGCCCUACAGCAACAUUUCCAACCUGAAGGUAUGGGACUACUAUACGGAGGAGACGCUUUCUGAGGGCCCCUCCUAUGACUGGGAGCUGGUGCAGGGGCAGCUGGAGCACGUGGAGGAGGCGGAUCGGCAGGACACCAGUGCCCCCCAGACGAAGCGCAAGNGUCUUGUCCCCUCCUGGACUGAUGCCCAAAUUUCCCCACAGGAGCUGCACAACCUGGAGAUGGAGCUGGGGCAGAUCCCAGAGCGCUGGAAGGACACGUGGGACAAGGUCAAAGCUUCCCAGCGCACCGAGGUGCGGCAGGAGGGCAGCCGGACCCCCAGCUCCCUGCUGAUGUCCUCCGGGCUCUCCCACCACCGGCGCUCGCUGGGUGUGUACCUGCAGGAGAGUGGCGUGGGCUCUACACUCAACCUCAGCCUCGAGUGCCCCCGCCAAACUGCCUCUCACCCCCUCUCUCUCUCCCGCCCUAACACGCUGCCUGGCUCCGGCAGGUCCUAUGAGGGAUCGCUGUACAAGAAGGGAGCCUUCAUGAAACCAUGGAAGCCUCGCUGGUUCGUGCUGGAUAAGACCAAACAUCAGCUGCGGUACUACGACAGCCGGAUGGACACGGAGUGCAAAGGCGUCAUUGACCUGGCCGAGGUGGAGUCCAUCACCCCAGGAACCCCCACCAUGGGGGCCCCCAAGACGGUGGACGAGAAAGCCUUCUUCGAUCUGAAGACGACAAAACGAGUUUACAAUUUCUGCGCCCAGGAUGUGCAGCUAGCCCAGCAGUGGAUCGAUCGCAUCCAGAGCUGCUUGUCGGACGCGUGA